AUGGUUGUUAAAACCUCACCAAUUAAAAAAUUUAAAAGAAUUGAUCUUGAAUCAUGUCUCAAUCCUAUCAAAGGUCAAAUGGUAUUUCCUGAUAACCCACAAUAUUUUCAAGACAUUACGGAUGAGAACACUCUUCAAACCCUUUUCGAUACAAUUAAUGAACUUGGUCAAACAUUAACAGAUGAUAUAACAUUUCUUGUAAAUUUGAAUGCAACUUAUUUACAACUUAAUGGAGUUUAUCUAGGAACUGAAGAGAAUGCACAAAUAGUUAUGAAAAAUUUUACAUCAUUAUCAAAACCAAAUUCAACUUAUUAUUACGAAGAAACAUUUUUCUCAAGCGUUGUAAGAUGGAGUGGUGUAACAGAAGAAGGAGUUAUAAAUCCAGUUCUUCAACCUCGAACUUCUGCAAUCUAA